CUAGGAGUCUCGGACUGCUCUUGCUCUUGCAUGGCCGUUACAGAAUUCAAUUCUAUCCAGGAAUGUUCAUGACCAAGAAAUCACCUAACCCUUUGAGGCAAGGCUACCCAGAAUCCGAUAAAAGCACAAAAUCUGGUUGUUCUUCUCGUCGCCGCCACCUGAUCAACGACAGGUUGCUUUGCAGUCACUCUGGACGCCAACCACGCAAUCUUGCUUCGCUUGGAUUGUGGCUCCCAUAGAGACAUUCUCUUCGGUUGUAUUGAGAUUCAAUUUACAGGAAUGGAGGGAUUAAUUUCGGCUAGAGUGACACCUAGGGUUUCUUUUCAGGCUGUUCCGUCGCUCAAUAACCGGCUUUGUCAUCCACUCAAGAGGUCAAUUCCUGCAACUGUAAUGGACGUGGACAGAGGGCGUACCCUCUCUGUUCGCCCGAUAAGAGCGCAACAGCCUGAAACCAAGGAUGGGGCUGCUACCAUAUCCACCAAGAGGGAAGAUCCAGCUGAUGUCCUUAAAGUCAAGGACUGGGAAGUGGGGAUGUUACAAGAUGAAAUUGCUGCUAGCCAGGGGAUAAGAAUAAGGAGAAGGCCACCAACAGGACCCCCACUUCACUAUGUGGGACCCUUUGAGUUUCGGUUGCAGAAUGAGGGCAACACCCCUCGUAACAUACUUGAGGAGAUCAUAUGGCACAAGGACAAGGAAGUCUCUCAGUUGAAAGAAAGAAGGCCUCUUUAUUCGCUGAAGAAAGCUCUUGAUGAUGUUCCUCCGACAAGAGAUUUCAUUGGAGCUCUCAAGGCAGCCCAUCAACGAACUGGGUUGCCUGGUUUGAUUGCUGAAGUGAAGAAGGCCUCUCCUAGUAGAGGGAUCCUGAGAGAGAAUUUUGAUCCAGUUGAAAUUGCAAAAGGCUAUGAAAAAGGUGGAGCGGCAUGUCUCAGCGUUUUGACGGACAAAAAGUACUUUCAGGGAGGCUUUGAGAAUUUGGAGGCGAUAAGGGGUGCUGGAGUGAAGUGUCCUCUACUCUGCAAAGAAUUCAUAGUAGAUGCGUGGCAGAUAUACUACGCUCGAACUAAAGGUGCAGAUGCAGUUCUUCUAAUUGCUGCUGUUUUGCCUGAUGUUGACAUCAGAUACAUGACUAAGAUCUGCAAGAUGCUUGGAAUGGCUGCACUCGUGGAGGCGCACGAUGAGAGGGAAAUGAAUCGUGUUCUCGGAAUAGAGGGUAUUGAGCUUAUAGGCAUCAACAACCGCAGCCUUGAAACAUUUGAGGUUGAUAUUGGUAACACAAAGAAGCUCCUUGAAGGAGAGUCUGGUCAGAGGAUUCGUGAAAAGAACAUAAUUGUGGUUGGCGAAUCUGGAUUAUUCACUCCUGAUGACAUUAACUACGUACAAGAAGCCGGUGUAAAAGCCGUUUUGGUUGGGGAGUCAAUUGUGAAACAAGAUGAUCCUGCAAAGGGUAUAACUGGACUUUUUGGCAGAGACAUUUCCUUGUGAACUCAACUUGGGAAAUUUUGUGUGAUCUACUGCCCCUGUAACAUCUCCCCCCUCUGUACCUGCACUGUCCUUCCUUUCCUUUGAGUAGCAUAUCUCCAAAUAUGUAAUAAAAUGACUGUUUUUUGUGAAACAAGAGUGCAACUAAAUGGAGACUUUGAUUAUAUAUAUAGCAACUAAAUUACAUUAUAAUAAUGUAUGAUCUGCAACGCA